AUGUCAAGAGCAUACUUAGCAGAUAAUGAUAAAGGAUGGGCAAAAAAGAAAGGUGCUGAUAGCCAUGCCACUCCAAGACCACACAAACAAACUAAAAUGAAUAAAUUAAAAGAAAUUGAUACUGACCAAUUUUUAGUUCCACCAGUCAAUGCAUUCAAAUUGGACCUUGAUGGCGAUAUUCGUAGAGGUGGUAAUAAAAAAAGUGAAAGAGUCUCUGGUUUCAGUGGUCGUUAA